CUGACAAUAGUACCACGGACAGGCUGGGUAUAUAGAAAAGUAGCAAAUCCAGAGAGUGUCUCAGAUCAUAUGUACAGGAUGGCAGUCAUGGCUUUGGUAACUGAAGAUAAAACACUUAAUAAAGAUAGAUGUAUACGUCUAGCUCUGGUUCAUGAUAUGGCCGAGUGCAUUGUUGGUGACAUCGCUCCUGCUGAUAACAUUACUAAAGAGGAGAAACAUAGACGAGAAGAGGAUGCUAUGAAACAUUUGACCCAAUUGCUGUCAGAAGACUUAAAGAAAGAAAUUUAUGAACUUUGGGAGGAAUAUGAAUACCAAUCUAGUCCUGAGGCAAGAUUUGUGAAAGAGCUGGACCAAUGUGAGAUGAUACUUCAAGCUUUUGAGUAUGAAGAAUUAGAAAACAACCCUGGAAGACUACAAGAAUUUUACAAUUCAACUGCAGGAAAAUUUAAUCACCCAGAAAUAGUUCAGCUUGUGUCUUCCAUAAACACAGAAAGAAAAACAAAAAUAGCUGCAUCAAACAGUGAUCCUGCAUCUUGAGUAGACUUUUGAAUA